AUGGAUGAACCUUCAACAGAUAAAAUUUUAAUUGGUGCUCAAAUCAUUACAACAGUUAUAACAUUGUUCACUGGUGUUUUUGAAUUUAUUAUUGCUGCAAAAAGCAAAAUGAAAAGAAUGAAAAGUGAACAAAUGUUUUCAGUAAAUCAAGAUGGAUUAAUACAUAUUAUUAAAUCACUAUUACCAGGUCGUAAUAUAAUUUUCAUCAGCAAUGCACCAACCAGCACCACAGAUCCAUCAUUCAACAGCCAGACAAUGAAAAACUUUUUAAAAGUAAUAUUUAGAUUACUACCGUUUUUCAUUGGUGCUGUCUUUAUACAUUUAAAUAUAAUACCGUUUCAUCAUUUAAUUAUUUUUACUGAAAAUGGUAAAUGGUACUUUGAUAGUAUACAAGAAGAAUUAAUACCUAUUGUAAAAGAAAGAUUAAAGCAAAUAAUGUCAUCUCAACCUGAUGUCAUAUUUGCAUGUGGUGCUGUGGUAAGGGAUAUAUUUUAUAUGUAUCUUGAAGAAGGUUCAAUUGAAAUGUUUGAAAUUAAUGGUAAUUUAAAGGUUGAUAUAAAUAAAUUCAAAAAAAUUUAUACAACUGUCUCUGACAAAAACAUUUCACCUCAAAGUAAUGAAAUUUUAGAUCUAUUUGAAUUUGAUACUACAAAAUCAUCAUAUGAAGAUGUGAUUGAAGAAUACAGUAAAUUUGAAAAUGAUUCUCUUGGAUCAUUUGAAAAUCCUGAUUACAGUGGUUUCCAUUUAUUAUCUAAAAGAAAGUGGAAUAAUAAAGAAGCUUUAAUCGUAGGUAUUGGUAAAAGUAAUAAUAAAACAACUGUACAAAUAAAAGGUGAUUUGUUAGAUAAAGGUUAUUUUAGAACUGAACUUGCUAUUGAUACAUACUUUGAUAGAAAUAAGGUAUUAAUAAAUAAAAUGGUUAAAAAUUUUAAAAGUACUCAAGAAAUUAUAAAACCAUCACCAGUCAUUUCAGGAAAUUGGAGUCUAGAUGAACAAAAAGCAUUAAUGGUUGAAGUUUCUACACUUGGUAAUAAAUCUGAAAUCAACUGGUUUUUCAUUUCUAAACAACUCUUUUUAAAAGGUAUUAGUAGAAAUGCAAGAGAAUGUCAAAGAAAACAUGAAUCAAUCCAAUAUGUUGGUCUUUCAGGUAAUCCAAAAGGUAAAUUUAAAAGAACUUUUGAUUAG